ACGAGCCUCUGCAAAGUCCACCAAGACUACCACAUCUCUCCUUUGCACAAUUUGCACCACCGCUAUCAUAUUGCACAUCCGCGCACUACUUAGAUACCUUCUUCUUUCUUGUCUCUGCCGGCUACGAACGCACAUUCAACUCCCAGCAUCGCGAGGCCACCCUGCGAGAUGGUGUCCUCCGGCAGGAAGCGAGGCCGACAGGAGAUGGAGGCUGUCGAGCCCUCUAAAGAACUGAGUCUCCUUGAUCGCAUUCGCAAUAUGUGGGAGUUCGCAAAUCUUGCACAAUGGAUCUUCAUUUUCGGCAGAGCUGUUAAGAUCGACGAGAAUUUGGACAUCGAGGAAUUGGAAAUGGAAUGUCUCAAGACGCACUCGACAGUCCUGGCCGAGACCGGUCUGGCUCUUCUUAAGUUUGUGUCAUCACAUAGAGGCCUCACGCCCGAGAUAUUCGAUGAAUACACACGAAGACAGUAUAUAGCCAAGGCGCCUAACCGGAAUCCAUUCGGCGUUGAGGAAGAGCCCCUUAAGUUCAACGAUUUUGAUGUUUUCACAAAGAUUCGAGUUUUGCAGCAGCUCACUCAGUGGACAAUGGGAAACCCAGACCGCAUUCGCGAACGAAUGGAGGAGCAAAAGGACACAGAACAAACCUUUUGGAGGAUUGAGCCAUUUGGAUGGGAUUCAGAUGAUCGCACAUACAUCGUCCUUGACGACAAUCGCCUAUACCGCAGGACUGACCCCCCUCCACCACCUCCCAUGCCGAAGCCGAAGAAGAAUUCCAAAAAAGCCAAGGCAGCCCUCCGAGCCAGCAAACGUAGAAAGAUUUCUGAGCCGACUGAGAGUGAAGCAGAACCCACAGAAGACGCGGAUAUCGUGGACCUGGCAAUAGCGGACAAGGAAGAUGAUGGAUUUGGUGGCAUGACUUGGGAAUGCCUUGCGGUUACUUUGAACCAGUUCAACGACUUCAUUACUUCGAUUGAGAGAAGCCGAGAUCCAAAUGAGAAGAUAUUGCGCAAGCGUCUCAUCGAUGACGUUCUUCCAAUGUUGGAAAAGCAAGAAGAGGCACGAAAGCGCAAGCAGGCUCAAAAGGAGCGAGAAUUGCUUAACCUCGAAAAGCUUGCACAUGCCAAGAGGUCAGGCAGGAUCGCAGGCAAAAUGGAGCAGCAGAAGAAAGAAGAGGAGGCUCGUGAAGCUGAGCGCAAGAAACAAGCCGAGCUUGCCAUGGCCAAAAAGGAACAGGAGAAGUGGAUGAAACUCGAGAAAGAACGAGAAUCGCGGAUGAUGACCCGAGAACAGCGACUUAAGGAGAGAGAAGCCCGUCGUAUUCUACACGAAGAAGAGUUGGCAAAUCUCUCAGAAGACAGCAAGAAGCUCGAGACCGGGCAAGGGCGCUUGUCGGAGCGUCAUCUCAAGGCAGAGAUCGAGCGGAAGAAGCAAGCAUUGGAGGAGCUUGCUGAGGAAGAAGACUGGAUAUUCGAUUGCAUCUGCGGUGCCUACGGACAGAUCGACGAUGGCACCCACAGCAUUGCAUGCGACAAGUGCAACAUCUGGCAACACAGCAAAUGCGUGGGUGUUAGUCAAGCGGCGGCCGACCGAGAAGAUUUCCACUUCAUAUGUACCACAUGUCAGCGCAGAGCGAAGGAUGCAGAACGGGCGAAGAACCAGCCGCCUAUCAAGAUAAAACUUAACAGGCCAGGCUCUUCAUCUUCACCCGCAGCAACCAAGCAGAACGGUUUGCCGGCCGUGAAUAUCAAGGUCAAUGGUACUCCGAAUCUUCAGUCAUCUCCAAAGAAGAUCGAGCCCGCCGCCCAACAGCACAUGUCACCAUACCAACCAGCUAAAGCAACCGGCCAACAGCCGACCUCAUGGCAGCCGGGCUCCCUUUUUACCAAUGCUCUCCAAGGACAUUCACCCGCUCCCACCGCACAGCAGCCGCCGCAACGGUUGGAUCAGGCCAGAUCCAUGGCACCUGCGCCUGUUCAACGCCCCUACUCAGGGCCCUAUGGCCCGUAUCCAAACACAGGGAGCCCCGCACUCUCCCCUUAUACUGCUCCGCGACCCCCGAGCGCUCAUGCAUUCUCUUCACCAUUGCCACAUAGCCCGACAAGCCUUCCCCCUCCUGCACAACCAACGAUGUAUACAUGGGUGAAUGGAAGCAGUCACAAUGUGUCGCAACCAAUUCCUCAAACCACACCUACCCAGCAAGGAAGCGCCAGGUACUCUCAAGUUCAAGGUUCACCUUCAAUGUCUACAAACCAUGCAUACGGUGCACACCUACCGCAGACUUUGAACGGCUCGCGCCCAGGGUCGAGUGGUAAUGACCACCGCCGAAGCUCUAUAAACCUUCCCUCGCCGCUUUCGAGUGCUCCUGUCUUAGCACCAAGCAAUAACGGAUACCCAGCAACCAACCUCUCUGUGGCCGGCAGCCCAGCUUUGGGUUCUUCAAGCCCUCAUUUCACAAAAUCGUCACCUCCGCAAGCUUUGUCGCCCCCUAUUGUACAGGCAGGAGUGCCUGUGCAACAAGACCGAGAUGCUGGCCAUGCUUCCGCUUUGCCUCCCGCCGCAACCGGCAUUUCACCAACAAAACACUCCCCCCCUAGACCUUCCACGUCGAACGGGAGCAUGGGCUCGGCAACUCCUUCUGUGCUACCACCAGUCGCUUCUUUAACACCGAGUCCACAGCAUCAGAAUUUUACCCCUCCUGUGAAGGCUUCAGAGCCGGAAAGGCCUUUGCCAAGUAGUCAAACUGCACCAUGAUCUCCUCUCGUCAAGAUAGGUCAUGUUAUUUAGCUCGGGACUGACUAAUAAGGCAAAGGGAGCAGCUUCUCGCUGUGGCGUGACGAUAUCUCCCUCAUGAUCAAGCAGACUUGUAAUAUAAAAUUUUGAGGAGACGGCGCAUUACCGUUUUCUUUCCUAAUUGUUCUCUUUUAAGAUGGCAUCAAAAGGCGUCGUGGACGGCGUCAGUGUGGGCGAUUGUCUGGUAUUGGAAUUCUCACGACCGCCAUGACUGUUUAAAAGGCGAAUGGGAUAGACCAGCACUGCAUCGUAAAAACGAUAAUUGUAG